CUCUUCUUUCAGGAUAGAGCAGCAGGAUGGGGGGUUAACAGCGGCGGCAGGGAGGAGGAAACACAAAAAAAACAGAGCUCAGUGAAGUCUUUCUGACAGUUGGACAAUGAAAAAGCAACUGUGAGGAGCUGCUAAAUUUUGCGACGAUGAUCCGGAGACUCAGCGGGGCGACUUUUAAGGCUGUCGGAGCCGCGCAGCCGAUAAAGGACGUUAUUACAACCAGCAGGCGGCUGCACAGCACGUAUGACGUGGCCGUGGUGGGCGCGGGCAUCGUGGGCCUGGCGACAGCGAGAGAGCUCAUUCUGCGCCACCCGUCACUCAGCUUCGUCCUGCUGGAGAAAGAGAAAGAGCUCGCUGUGCACCAGAGUGGGCACAACAGUGGAGUCAUUCACAGCGGGAUCUACUACACGCCGGGCUCGCUGAAGGCCCGUCUGUGUGUGCGAGGAGCCACUUUAGCCUACGAGUACUGCGAGAAGAAAGGGCUCCCUUACAAGAAAUGUGGAAAGCUUAUCGUGGCUGUGGAGCAGGAGGAGAUUCCCAGACUUCAAGCUCUGUACGAGCGCGGCAUGAAGAACAAUGUGCGUGACCUCAGCAUUGUCGACGCCAAGGGGAUCAGAGAGCGAGAGCCGUACUGCAGGGGUAUCAUGGCCUUGGAUUCGCCCUACACUGGCAUUGUGGACUGGAGGAUGGUGGCUCUCAGUUACGGCCAAGACUUUGAGGAGGCAGGCGGCAAGGUGGUAACCGAUACUGAGAUCAACGACAUUUCCAUGGUCAAGGAGAGCCCAGCGGGGAGCACAGAAGGAAUGAAAUAUCCAAUCGCAGUCCGAGACAAAAAGGGUAACGAGGUGCGCUGCCGUUACGUCCUGACCUGCGGCGGCCUCUACUCUGACCGCUUGUCUCAGAUAUCCGGAUGCAGUCGAGAGCCGCGGAUCGUCCCCUUCAGAGGAGAUUAUUUGGUCCUGAAGCCGGAGAAACACUAUCUGGUGAAGGGAAACAUCUACCCUGUCCCCGACCCUCGUUUCCCCUUCCUUGGAGUUCACUUCACCCCGAGGAUGGAUGGAAGCGUUUGGCUCGGCCCCAACGCCGUCCUCGCCUUCAAAAGGGAGGGAUACAAAGUGUACGACUUCAAUGCUCGAGACUUUGCAGAUGCUCUGUCCUUCAGGGGCCUUCAGAGGCUGGUAAUGAAGAACUUAACAUACGGCAUUGGAGAGAUGUACAGAGGGGUUUUCAUUGGUGCACAGGUUAAAAUCCUGCAGAAGUACAUCCCUGAACUGUCGCUGAGUGACGUGCUCAGGGGUCCUGCUGGAGUUCGAGCUCAGGCGCUCGACCGAGACGGAAACCUCGUGGACGACUUUGUGUUUGACGGAGGGGUCGGAGACGUGGGCAGCCGGGUGCUUCAUGUGCGUAACGCUCCCUCACCGGCGGCCACCUCCUCCCUCGCCAUCGGUGAAAUGAUCGCAGACGAGGUGGAGAGCCGUUUCUCGCUGUAGAGCAACACAAUGAUUGCAGAAGUAAAAACAGAAAACCAAAAAUAAUCCAGCUUGAGGUGGCAAAGUGAAACUAUGCUGUAUCAGGCUGUCACUACCUCAGCAUCACUGUCAUUAGCGUGGAGACAUUUUUAUUGCAGGUCAAGCCUUAAUUUAGGGGGAGAAAGUGACAUAAAUUUGACUUGAUUACAUUUUUUAAGGCAGUUUAAACUGCAGUAGUGCUGUUUCAGGUUGCGUAAUGUUUACUCCACGACAUUUCAAGUUAAAAUUAUUUUUGUUCGCGCCACAUUUCUGCUUAAAAACAAAGUACGUCGUGAGUUACUCUUAGUGAAAAUUUUAGACAUCGAAAAAAAAAAGGUUUAGCUUCAAUAUUGUCACUGUGAGGAUACUGUUUUGAAUUCGAAUAUAACUUUUUAAAGAGACUGACCAUUUUAAAUGAGGAAUUUUAAUAGUAUAAAUCUCGUAUGGAUUUUUUUUAAUGUGUUAUGCUUUUUUCCUCAGCAACUGACUGCGUGAAAGCCAACUGUCACUUUCAUUUGAAUAUUUUAAUCUGCUGGUUUACUAUGAAACUGUUUUUGGGAGAAAAAGAAAUCUCAAAGAAGAGAGGAAAAAAAGAAUAUUUAAUUGUUAAAUGUAAAGAGGUUUUGUGCCACACUCAGGAUGAGAAAGUUGGUUUUAUUUAGUUUUUUAAUUGUUGAAACCAUAGAAAUAAAUAAAAUGAUUUUAUUUCUAUGGUUGAAACUCUUUAUGUAAUGCACAGUUGUACCUGCAGAACGCACAGUUUAGGGACAAAACGGGUUGUUUUUUGGGGCAUUUUGUCUGCCCAAAUUAUUUUGACAUCAAAAACAAUUUUAAAACAUCUCAAGACUAAAAAAUCUUACGUCAUACUUACAUAGAUAUCAAAUGAGAGCCUGUAUUUGGAGGUACUUUUGUAAUAUUUGCAGCAAAGAACGGAUUUUUGGCACAACUUCACACUACAUGAAUCAGGUUUACUGUCCAGCAGGUUCUCACAGACUUUACUUUUGCGUUUUGGUGCAAGAGAAAGAAAAAAUUAAGUGCUGCAAAAGUCAAGAAACACAAAUAAAGAAUAGAAAAUCUUAUAAUAAAAAUUCAACAGUAAAUGCUAGAAAAAUGUACAAUAUGUCAAUUUUAAAAAACCAUACAGCUGUGCAACUUUGGACAGGAAUGUGCAGCAGUCCAUAGUAUGUAUUAUAGAUAUAAAUAUUAUAUUGUCGUUUUAAAGUCUUUUGAUUUGCUUCAUAACUUUUUUCAGGAGUGAAAAAAUCUCAAAAGUUAAUUUGGAAAAAAAAGUAGGAUCCUGUUGCCAUAAAUAGUAUAUUUUAUCAUAUAAUGUAAAAGAUGAUGAUGAUGCCUAGAUCAGAACAAGGAAGUAGGGUGUUAAUUUUUGAAGAUAGUUGAAAGUCUUCAUGUAACAUAUACUUCUACCUGCAGAACGCACAGUUUGGGGAAAAAGAUGUGUUGUUGUUUCGGCAUUUUGUCUGCUAAAAUAACAAUUUAAAAUCAUGUCAACACUAAAUAAUCGUACGUCAUAUUUACAUUGAUGUCAACUGCGAGCACUUACAUGUUUUAUAAACUGUUGUAUGUGGGUGGGUGGGUUGUUUGUGAUUUCAUGUAAUUCUGCUCACAUUUGCUCUUUGUUCCACCUUCAAAGGCUUUACAUAUGGCUAAUAUUUCUCCAGACAAUGUUCCUAUAAAAUUGCUGUCACUGCAUGCCAUUUAUUGACAAAUGAAUGUGAAAGUAUUUUUUACAAUGAAUACAUAUUUUUGAGUCGCAAAUGUA